UCAACUAUGGGUUGAUUGGGGACGAAGAAAACUUGGUGAAGAUGGUGGCCAUUUCGCUUUACAGAGGGAAUCUCCACAGAGUACCAGACGUGCCUCGUCGAUGGCUCAUGCCAACUCCGAAAAUUUCUCUCAAAGAAUUCAAAUCGCUUCUUGCGCGUCGCUCAAAGGCCCUCUCCCGCCUCCUUGCCGACGGGGCGGUCACCACGACCCUCUCGAUCCCUAACCUUGGCUCUCUAUCUAACGGUCAAAAUGAGGCUCCCGUAAUUGAUAGGCCAUCGAUUGCGAUUCAACCCGAAUCAGAGAAGGUCAGUGAUAAUGGAGCGGGUCAUUCGCGGGAGGGCGAAGAUCACAAGGAACCGGAACCCUGUAAUGGUUCCAUCAAGAAAACAGUUGAUGGGUUUGAUUCGUUAGCUGAUGCUAAGACUGAUGCUGUGGAGAAGGCGUCUGAACCUUGCGACCGCGAUGCGUCUUUAGUAACAAAGCAGACCGAGACGAUCGGAGACAAAGAAGGUAGAUUAAAUGACAAAGAGAAAAGGAAAAAAGAAGUUGAGGAUAAGUUACAAGUUUUGAAUGCAAAGAAACAUAAUCUCGUUAUAGCGUUGAAGCAGAUCUUAAAUGUGGAGGAAGAAUUAAAAAGACGAACUAGUGGGCAAGGGAUUGGCUUGCGCCCUUCUGUUCCAUUUCAGGCUGAUGGAACAAACGAUAGUGGUUCACUGACCAGGCAUAUGACUCCAAGAGUGGGUUCAGAAGCAAAUCUUGGUGGUGGUGAUGUGGAAGGGAGUGAGACUGAUGAUCCUUCAAACCAUACCAUGCACUCUCGUAAUGCGUAUUGGAUGAGUAGCAUUUCACCUUCGGAAUCCCCUCAUAGGAGGACGCCUAGUGUUCAACAAAACAUGGUUUCACAGCCUUCCAGAGCAAGUAUGGGGGUGACUGGAAGUCCAUCACGCUUUGCACUUUCACAUCAAGGCAAUCCCAUGAAUCCAGCUGCAGUUUCGGUCUCUGUGUCAGGCACAGGUUACAUUGCGUCAUCUCCUUCCCCAGCUGCGUCUGGUGGAACUUCUGUUUUCAGAGAUGCUCGCCACCCUAGUCCCUGGAACUGAAAAGCAUUUGUCAUACCAGAAUCCAGACUGGGAUCUAAUUUUCAGAGCUGAGCAAUCUGAGACAGAGCCCAGAGCAUGCCUGUGUCAAUUUCAGAGGCACAAAGGAUUAGAAUCUCUUCUGUUUCUUUUACAAGAUUGACGCAGUCAAUUGUGUAAGGAGAAAUACAACUUGUGUGGAUCUAUAAUUCAAGCGAAUCUUCCAAUCGAAAGACAUCAAUUCCUUUGAAAAGUGAGAUAAUAGGAAUCUCUUGGAAAUAAGAAUUAUUAUUUAUUUAUUAUUGUUCAAUUCUCCUAGUUGGAAGGGCUGCCUGGGAUGGGCAAGUUGAGAAACCCAGGUACAAUCCUUGUCAUACACACACGAGUACGAGUUAAACACUUGACAACAUUAUUGGUUUAUCAAAAAGAAAAAAUCAUUAUUAUACCGUUGA